AUGGGGCGCAAAACAUACAACAUCGCCAUGGUCAGCGACUUCUUCUUCCCCCAGCCCGGCGGCGUCGAAUCGCACAUCUACCAGCUCUCCAGCAAGCUCAUCGACAGAGGCCACAAAGUCAUCAUCAUCACCCACAACUACGACGACCGCAAGGGCGUUCGCUACCUCAACAACGGCCUCAAGGUCUACCACGUGCCCUUCCUCGUCAUCUACCGCGCGGCCACCUUCCCCACCGUCUUCUCCUUCUUCCCCAUACUGCGCAACAUCUGCAUCCGCGAGCAGAUUGAAAUCGUCCAUGGCCAUGGCAGUCUCAGCUCUCUUUGCCACGAGGCCAUCCUGCAUGCGAGGACGAUGGGGCUGAGAACCGUCUUCACCGAUCAUUCGCUGUUUGGCUUUGCGGAUGCUGCGAGCAUCUUGACGAACAAGCUGCUCAAGUUCAUUCUGAGCGAUGUGGAUCACAGCAUAUGUGUGAGCCAUACUUGCAAGGAAAACACGGUGCUUCGCGCCUCACUAGACCCUCUCAUGGUAUCAGUCAUCCCAAACGCCGUCGUCGGUGAAAACUUCCGCCCUCGCGACUAUCCAACACAGUCCGACAAAGGAGAAGGCUUCAGGGCCGAGUCGUCUCCUCGUCUGCUCGGCCCCCACGACGUCAUCACCAUUGUCGUCAUCUCGCGCCUCUUCUACAACAAGGGCACCGAUCUCCUCACGGCCGCCAUCCCGCGCAUCCUGGAGAACCACCCCAACACCCGCUUCAUCAUCGCCGGCUCGGGCCCCAAGGCUAUUGACCUGGAGCAGAUGAUUGAGACCAACGUGCUGCAGGACCGCGUCGAGAUGCUCGGCUCCAUCCGCCACGAGGACGUCCGCGACGUCAUGACCCGCGGCCACAUCUACCUCCACCCUUCCCUGACAGAGGCCUUUGGCACCGUCAUAGUCGAAGCGGCCUCGUGCGGCCUCUACGUCGUGUGCACCCAAGUCGGCGGCAUCCCCGAGGUCCUCCCCUCGCACAUGACCACCUUUGCAAAGCCCGAAGAAGACGACAUCGUCGCCGCCACGGGCAAGGCCAUCACCGCCAUGCGCGCCGGCAAGAUCCGCACCGACAAGUUCCACGACGAAGUCAAAAAGAUGUACUCGUGGUCCAACGUCGCCAUGCGCACGGAGCGCGUCUACGACGGCAUCUGCGGCACCAUUAGCGAGGAGGAAUUCUACGGCUUCGACACCACCGGCUACACCGGGAGCCGCAUCCGCGACUUUGCGCUGAUUGACCGGCUCAAGCGCUACUACGGCUGCGGCAUCUGGGCCGGCAAGCUCUUCUGCCUGUGCGUCGUCGUGGAUUACUUGUUCUUCCUGUUCCUCGAGUGGUGGUUCCCGAGGGAGAAUAUCGACAUCUGCAGAGACUGGCCGAGGAAAUCGCCUGCAAAGGACACGGCACAGGAUUCGAUGAAGGAUGCGCCGAAUCAGCGUUCAACUUCGUCGAUAAGAGUUGCAAAGUUGGAUCAGUGA